UUCCAAAAAAUUUUGCAAACGAAUUAUUGUGCAUGAUUGUGUGAUUCAGAAUAAUAGUAGAUAUCAUGGACAAAUUAGUUCAAAAAUGCCUCGUACCUGGGUGCGAGUUUUUGACAAACAACUGCAAUAUAGCUUUUUUCAAUUUUCCUACGUUGGAUCGUAGUCAGAUUCGAGUAUGGAACAAAGCGCUGGGUUUUCGUGCAAACUGCAAGCAUAUUCCCGAUCCAAAAGUGUGUGAGAAGCACUUUGACGAAUCUGAGAUUGAUAAAAGUGUUUUACCAAUGAAACUAAAGAUAAACGCUGUACCAAGUAUCGGGUUGGUUAGCACGUCAAAUUUCACCGAAAACGAAAUAGCAAGCAGUAGCAGUAGCAAUACAUCAUUGGCAGCAGGAGAGCCGAAUUAUUGUCGAUUGUGCGCAAAAUUGGAACGGCAGCCGUUCAAAAAUAGCAUUCAAAAAAUGAUGAAGUGCAGCGAUACAGCUAAAUUAUUAGAUAUUUGUUUGGCUGAUGGACGAAACAAUACAAAACUUCCCAAUGGAGCUUGCGAUGCUUGCUGCCACAUGAUGAAAUUUUUAAUGAAAUUCAUUAAAAAUUGCUGUGGUGCACAAUACAAAUUAUCAAAAAUAUAUUCAGGGAAAGAUCAGGUGCUAGAAUCGCAGGACAUGGAACCAGCAACAGAUGAAGUUGAAACUCCCAUUAAAAGUGAAGUUGAUGAAGUUACUGCUGAGCUUCCGACAGAUUAUCUUGAGAUUGGAAUGGAAAAACAAGAAUGUCACGAAACAUCAAAAAAUGUUUUGGAAGAAAUAAUUGCAGAUAAUGAAAUUUGUUUUCAGAACAAAAGCAGACUGACAUACAACAAUGCUGAGGUUAAAAAAGAACCCGACGGUAAUGAUUCUGAUUCUGAGUUCGAUUCCUCUAGAGUUUUACAAGGUUCUUCAUCAGAAGGGGAAUCUUAUACAGAUAAUGACUACGAAUCUGAGGAACUUAUAGUAAAACAGGACAAUGCUGUAUGUAUGAAAUUCGAGAAUGACAAAAUAGUAGCAGAUAAUAAAAUAAAAAAGAGACGCGGACGUCCAAAAAAGAAUGUUUUACGACAUUCCAGCGAAACAAUAUCACGUAAACCUCGCGGGAUUCGCGAUAAAAAUAUGGAAGACAAACCUGCAUCGUUAUGUAAACAAAUCUGUCAAGUGUGCGGCAAAAUUUUAUCUAGUACUGCUACGUUUAAUGUACACAUGAUGACCCAUACCCAGCAGAAAGAUAUUGUAUGUCCUAUAUGUGAACGAAGAUUUUAUGUAAAACAACAGUUGAAAAUUCACAUUGAAUCGAUUCACGAGAAAAAAGAUUUUGUUUGCAAUAUUUGUGGUUUAAAGUGCCGCUGGAGGAAAAGUCUGCGCCGUCAUAUGCUACUACAUGAUGAUAAUCCUUACAAACAUAAAUGCACUUAUUGUGACAAAGCUUUUGCUAGACCUAAUCAGUUACGAUACCACGUAAUGAAGCAUACUGGCGAUCGUGUUUAUUGCGAAAUUUGCGGAGCAGAUUACAGAUUUAACUAUAUGUUAACUCAACAUAAAAUACGUAAACAUGGAAUUGUUGUUGAAGGAGUGCAAUUGUACAAACAGAGCGCUCGGAAAAAGAAAUCUGAAAGCGGAGAUUUAAAUACACGCCGUACCCGUAUGGCAGACGCCUCGCAGACCAAUAUUCAGAUUCAGCAGUCUGUCAUGCAACAAGCUACAGUUGCUUUGCCAACGUUAUCUAUCAACGAUCAUGACCGUACUAAUCGUAGCGAUCUUUCUCAUUCAACUGAUCUUGGAAGUCCUGCAACAAAUGUAUCGUUUACAACCAUUAAUUCACCAGAACAAUUCCCUAACCAUACGCAGUCACAUUCAGGAUUGCAGACACACCAUCAGCAUCAACCGCUCCAUCAGCAGACACAUCACACAAAUCAAUUGAUUGGAUUUAAUGGGACCGGCUUAAAUAUGUCGUUGCCCCAAGGGCUCAUAGGAUUUCCAACUAUGGAGCGACCAUAAACAAAACUCACCAUU